AUGGGCAAAGUCAAAAAUAGUUACGUAACAACAAAACCCAUUCAGGACUCUCACGCACAUGGUAAAUCUCUUAUCAAGCAAUCCCAGUUCAUCAAUGACAAUCACCCCGCACAGCAUUUCGAUGAACGUUACGAUUUACGCUGCGACUAUUGCCGUGAUAAACGAUUUGAUGAAUGUUACGAUAUACGCUACGACAACGACCGCGACAAACGAUUCAACGGACGGCACAGCAACUUCCACGACAAUCGUUUUGAUCAAAGCUAUGAUAAUUGUCACAAUAACCGCAACCGUUUCGAUAAUCGCAACGAUAACUACUACGACGAUCGAUACAACAAUAGCGGGUACAACGUCCAUGGCAAUCGCCACGACUCUUAUGACCAUCAUCAAAGCCCUGAUCGACGGGAUGACUGCUAUAGAGGUGAUAACCGAACCAACUAUUCCCGUCGUGGUUAG